AAGUCAAAUAGAGUUUUCAACAGGCUCAUCUCGUCCAAUAGCAAUUAUUGCCUUUGAUUUCAAUAAUGACUCACUACUUGAUAUUGCCACCGCCAAUUAUGGAACUCACAGUAUUAGUAUAUUCUAUGGAUAUGACCAUGGAAAUUUUUCGCCUCCAAUUACGUAUUCAACAGGUUAUGAUUCUCUUCCAUCUUCAUUAGCUGCUGGAGAUUUCAAUAACGACAACUAUUUAGAUAUCGCCAUCGCUAAUUAUGGUACGAAUAGUGUUGGUGUACUUUUUGGAAAUAGCAACAGAACUUUUGAACAACAAAUCACGUUUUCAACUGGCGUUGGUUCUCAUCCGUACUCAAUCGCCGUCGGUCAUUUGAAUGCCGACAACUUUCUCGACAUAGCUAUCGCGAACUCUGGAACUCAUCAAAUAGAUGUACUUAUCAACAACGGCAAUACAACUUUCACUAAUCAAGCUGUAUAUUCCAAUAAUUCUACGACUCCAUAUGCGAUUGACGUCGGAGACUUCAACGAAGAUAAUCGAUUAGACAUUGUCAUAACUAAUAAUGGCAUUGAAAAUAUAGGUAUACUUCUUGGAUAUGGAAAUAGCAGUUUUAAAAAUCCAAUCAUGUAUUCAACUGGAUCUGAUUCUUCGAUUUCCGUUGCCAUAGGUGAUCUUAACAAGGACCAUCGAUUAGAUAUUGUCGUCGUGAACAAUGAUACUGGUAGCAUAGAUAUUUUCCUUGGUCAAUAUGAAGGUUUCUUAAAUCAAACAAACUAUCCAACUGGCUCUUAUCCAUAUUCUGUAGUUGUUGGUGAUUUCAACAAUGACACUCGACUAGAUAUUGUUGUCGCCAAUUCGGGUAGCAAUAAUGUGAGUGUCCUUCUUGGAUAUGGAAAUGGUUCUUUUGCAAAAGAAACAAAAUAUUCAGUUGGCACUUUUCCAUCAUCUGUGGCUGUUGGUGAUUUCAACAAUGACACUCGACUAGAUAUCGUUGUCGCCAAUUCGUUGAGCAAUGAUACGAGUGUCCUUCUUGGAUAUGGGAAUGGUUCUUUUGCAAAAGAAACAAGAUAUUCAGUUGGCACUGUGCCACAAUCUGUAGCUGUUGGUGAUUUCAACAGUGACGCUCAACUAGAUAUCGUUGUCGCCAAUGAUCGUAGUAAAGAUGUGAGUGUCCUUCUUGGAUAUGGGAAUGGUUCUUUUGCAAAAGAAACAAGAUAUUCAGUUGGCUCUCAACCAUAUUCUGUAGCUGUUGGUGAUUUCGACAAUGACACUCGACUAGAUAUCGUUGUUGCCAAUUUGGGUGGCAAUGGUGUGAGUGUCCUUCUUGGAUAUGGGAAUGGUUUUUUUGCAACUGCGACAAACUAUUCAGUUGGCUCUCUCUCAACAUCUGUAGCUGUUGGUGAUUUCAACAAUGAUACUCGACUAGAUAUAGUUGUCGCCAAUUUCAAUAGCGAUGGUGUGAGUGUCCUCCUUGGACAUGGGAAUGGUUCUUUUGCAGAACCAACAAGAUAUUUAGUUGGCUCUUCUCCAGAAUCUGUAGCUGUUGGCGAUUUCAACAACGACACUCGACUAGAUAUCGUUGUUGUCAAUUCUUGGAGCGAUGAUGUGAGUGUCCUUCUUGGAUAUGAAAAUGGUUCUUUUGCAAAAGAAACAAAAUAUUCAGUUGGCACUUUUCCAUCAUCUGUGGCUGUUGGUGAUUUCAACAACGACACUCGACUAGAUAUCGUUGUCGCCAAUUCGUUGAGCAAUGAUGUGAGUGUCCUGCUGCAAUAUAACAGAGGAGAGAUAGCACAUAAAAUGACCUACGCAUCUGGCGGUGGAUCCAGCCUGCAAUGUGUAGUAAUUGGUGAUAUAAAUAACGACACUAAUGUGGAUAUCGUCUUGGCUAAUUACGGCACUAAUAAUAUAGGUACCCUUUUUGGAUAUGGAAAUGGCAGUUUCGAAAAUCAAAUGAUGCUUAGCACCGGCUCAAAUUCUCAUCCAGCUUCGAUUGCUAUUGGCGACUUCAAUGGUGACAGUGUAGUAGACAUUGCUGUGGCCAAUUAUGGUACAAAGGAAGUAGGUAUGCUGCUUGGAUAUGGGAAUGCAACAUUUGCAAGUCAAACAAGUGAAGGAAUUAGUUUCGAUUCACGUCCGUUAGCUAUGGCUUCUGGUGACUUUAAUAAUGACAAACGAUCGGAAAUCGCUAUCAUUUACGACAGAAAUGAUAAUGUGGAUAUCUUUGUUGCAUACAAUCGUGGUUCUUUUGUAAAAGAAACAAGAUAUUUAGUUGGCUCUUCUCCACGAUCUGUAGCUGUUGGUGAUUUCAACAAUGACACUCGACUAGAUAUCGUUGUCGCCAAUCCGGAUAGCAAUGAUGUGAGUGUCCUUCUUGGAUAUGGGAAUGGUUCUUUU